CCUCACUGACAUUUUUAGAGAAAACAGUUAAAUGUUAAAUGGACUUACACACAUCACACAAAAUAAGGAUCUAGUCCAUCGCUGUGUUCUACUUUCAUAGUGCUUUAUUCUUGAUUCGUAAGGAUAUAUUCAAAACUCACUGUAUGGUGUUUUCGUGUGUAUAAAGACAAAAAGUGCUAGAAAGUUAUAUUUGGUUGAUCACCUGUUUUCUUCACAUUCCAUCACGAUUUCGAAUAAUCGUACUUAUUACUCAUAAUAUUCCAAACAGGUAACAAUGUGGAUGCCCACCCAUGUACAAGUUACUGUUCAAAAAGCAGAGGGACUUCUCAUCAAAGGUAAAAACAACACCAACGAUUGUUUUGUUACGAUUGCCUUGGGAAAAACAAAAUAUCAAACAUCAGUCAAAGAGAAGUCUCCCCAACAAGUAGAAUGGCAUGAAGAAUGUGAAUUACCUAUACCAGACCAAGGCAACACAGCAGAAAUAGUUCUGACAGCUUUGCAUCAUAAUUAUCUUGGAAUAGAUGAAUUUUUAGGACGUGUGGCAAUACCACUAAACACUUUGGACAUUUAUGAAAGACCUAAAAACAAAUGGUAUACUUUGCAGAGCAAACAAGGAAAAGAGGGAAAAAAGAAAGAGAGAGGCCGCCUAGAGGUGAAAAUAGGCUUUACAGUCAAGGCAGGUAGUUUAACGAAUUUAAGUAAAAAAGAAAAACACAAAUCUUCCCUCUCCCAAGUGGCACAGUCUGUGGGAGGAAGCCUUAUGAGCCUUGGAAGUGCUGAAAAGAGAAAAGGCAUUAAGAAGUUUGCCAAAUCGAUUGGAUCCAAAAUGAACUUGAAAGGUAAAAAGAAAGACGGCGGAUCCGAGUACGAGGGGUCUUCCAUUGGAAGCGUCGGCAGUUUGAAUAUCAGGAGCGGCAAUUUAGAAAAGUUCAAAAGUAGGCAGACAUUGGAAGAUGCCGACCCAGGAGUUGUCAGCGACGAUGACGAGUUCACAUUCGACGAUCUGUCUCACAAGAGUUCAGCAAGUUCUAUAAGUCAGUCUGCAACUAACAGAACCGUUUCCCCAGUUAUUAAGACAUCGUCAGUGGAGAAUAUUCCACCCUCUGAUAUCCGCAAAGCAAGCUUAGGGGCCGUUAUUCCUCCUGUCAAACCUCCCAGAACUGAUCAGAAACUCCCACAGGAUGAAUGGGAAUCAAAACUUGUUGGAAAUAAGCCUAGAGUGGGUUUGAAACCGGGAAGCAGUGAAUCCCUGAAUCGUAGAUCCUGGGAUUCAUCCAAAUUAGCUUAUCAGAUCGAAGAAGAGCCAAAUGAUCUUCUAGAAGUCCCUAAUAACAGUAAAUUUGAAACUAUCAGUUUGAAGUCUAAUAGAUCACCCGAAACACCAAGGAAGGAGAUGAAAGAAGGGAUGUUCUCUAAGUUCAAGCACUUCAGAAAAGAUAAGAACGAACUUAACUUGGAGCAUGAGAGGCCGAUUGGUAACUCAAAUGAACGUAUUAUUAUAGGAGGAGAAACUGAGUUGCGUGUACCUGUCCAAAAUAAUCGCAUAUCAAAUGAAUUGCUACAAAAGUUUGAAGGAAAAACCCGAGAGGAUUUGAUAUUAUCUUUGAUGGAAACGCAACAUGAUUUGGAGAAACAAAAAAAGAAAUUGAAAGAUCUGGAGGACUAUCUAGAUGAUUUAUUGCUCAGAGUAAUGGAAACGACUCCACGUAUUUUACAGAAUCCGUACAUAACUUGCAAAAUGGCACAUAAAAAAAUAAAGGGUUGAUUGUUCGUGUGACUGACAUCACUGAAGUAUUGUGCCAGUAAUUCACAAAGGAUGCAAAAAGCUUUUGUUGAAAUAUCUUUUUGACUAUUAAGGAAGUAUAUGAGAAACAUCACAUUGGACAUGAAUAUAAUUUAUGCAGAGUUAUAUUCUUGAAUGAUAGUUGCAAGUGAGGUGAAUGAUCUCGUUUUCAUUUUUUUAUUCUACAUUUCAAUAACAAGGCAGAAAAUGCUAUCAAGUGAUAUUCAUUUCAAAUCGAUUCUCUAAAAUAUCAUUGGUGCUGUAUCAUCAUUCUUCUCAAGGAUGUUUUUUACAUUGUGAUAUUGACUGCUUUAAAAACUAAAUAUUUCCUUUUUUCAUUAGACUUGAUAAUAUGUGUGUUGCAGUCAUAUGAUUCAUAUCAUUAUCGAUAAUGAUAGUUCUAUUAGUGCUAUAACUGAAGAAGUUGAAUUAAUUACGACUUUUGGGGAAUUUUAAACAGUUUUUAAGUUUCUAGUCACCUAAAGUUUCAAUUGCCACCUAUUUCAAAAGGCUUUUUGAUUUUCUGUGAAUACAUACUGGAAGAGAACCAUAUUUAUAUUUAUUUGUUUUAGAGAUAUUUUGUCUAAAGUUGUUUGACUGUUAUAUUCUUUAUUUAUGUUCAAACCGACACGAAAAUAAUCAGAAUGCUUUCAUAAACUAACAAAGUGCCUCAAAUUCAAAUUCCAGUUAGCCGUUAGAAAAUUAACGCUUUAUGAAAGUUUCUAAUUAUUUUUAACGUUUUUAUUGUUAGGAUUUGAGUUCUUUCUAUGAUAAUAUUCUCAUCACAUAGUGUACCUAAGAGUUUCAUUGAUUUUCUCGGAAUAUAGAGGGAGUUGGUAUAUUAUAUUAAUAGGAAACUGUAGAAGAAAAUAUUUUCUUUGAAGUGUACUUCUAAUGGAAAUAAUUCAGUGCCUCUCUUAUUCAGUGCUUUCCAUUUGCCAAAUUUGCAAGAGAAUCAGGAAGUUGGCAUGUGAUAUGUGUUUAGUUCAUAAAAUGUUUUUUCAUGUUCUGAGACUGAAUGUUGAAAAUGUUACUGUAUAGGGUUUAAAAUAGUUUCUAAAAUUGACAAAAGGUUGUAUCAUAAAUUAUAAACAUAGAGUUAGAUUCAUCUUCAAUACCUUGAAAUUACACUAAACAGAAAUUAACACAUUCAGGGACAGCAGAACCCAAAAGAGUGGCAGGUAACACUUACUAGUACCAAUUCCAGAAUAUUUUCUAAUAUAUUAUUAAAAUACA